AUUUGAUUUUUUCAACCCCACUCAUAUUUUCAACGAUCUCCUUCUUCCACAUCGCACACCCAUCCCUCUCUGUCUCUCUGCUCGAUUCCUGAUCUCUAGGUUUUGGGUUUUUGUAGACAAAGAGGGAAAAGCGAGAUUGAGAUUGGGAUUCUAUGGCGGUUUCGAGUGCCUUCGUUGGUUGCCCAAAGCUCGAAACUUUAUUAAAUCACCAUAAUCUGUCUUCCUCUUCUUCGUCUUCUCCUUCGCAGACGCCAUUGGGUCUCAAUUGUGUUCGUUCUUCUCCGAGGAACAAUAGAACCAGGCGUGGUCUGAUCCAAAGAGCACGUUGCGAGCUUUCUGCGUCUGAUUCUGCGCCCAAUGCAGCAAGCAUCUCUGCUCUCGAACAACUCAAGAACUCUGCAGCUGAUAGAUAUACAAAGGAAAGAAGCAGCAUUGUGGUGAUUGGACUUAGCAUUCACACAGCUCCUGUUGAGAUGCGUGAGAAGCUUGCUAUUCCAGAAGCUGAGUGGCCACGAGCUAUUGGAGAAUUGUGCGGUUUGAAUCAUAUCGAAGAAGCUGCUGUACUCAGUACCUGUAACCGUAUGGAGAUAUAUGUUUUGGCUCUCUCUCAGCACCGUGGCGUUAAAGAAGUGACUGAAUGGAUGUCAAAGACGAGUGGGAUACCAGUAUCAGAGAUUUGUCAGCACCGUUUUCUGCUGUACAACAAGGACGCUACGCAGCAUAUAUUCGAAGUCUCAGCUGGUCUCGACUCUCUUGUCCUAGGAGAAGGUCAGAUCCUUGCGCAGGUGAAACAAGUCGUAAAAGUUGGUCAAGGAGUGAAUGGAUUCGGGAGGAAUAUCAGCGGGCUAUUUAAACACGCGAUAACCGUUGGGAAGCGUGUCAGAACAGAGACAAACAUCGCAGCUGGGGCUGUUUCGGUCAGCUCAGCCGCUGUCGAGCUUGCUCUGAUGAAGCUUCCGGAAUCUUCACACACAUCAGCUAGGAUGUUGAUCAUCGGCGCAGGGAAAAUGGGAAAGCUUGUGAUAAAGCAUUUGGUAGCCAAGGGUUGCACAAGAAUGGUGGUGGUCAACAGAAGUGAAGAGAGAGUUAUAGCUAUCCGUGAGGAGAUGCCGGGUGCUGAGAUUGUAUAUCGACCUCUUGAUGAGAUGCUAGCUUCUGCUGCAGAAGCGGAUGUAGUUUUCACCAGCACAGCCUCUGAGACGCCAUUGUUCUUCAAGGAGCAUGCAGAGAAUCUCCCUCCAGCUUGUCCAGAGAUUGGAGGAGUGAGGCUUUUUGUUGACAUCUCUGUCCCGAGAAAUGUCGGGUCUUGUCUCAAUGAAGUAGAAACCGCACGGGUUUACAAUGUGGACGACCUCAAGGAAGUAGUUGCUGCCAAUAAAGAAGACAGGUUGAGGAAAGCAAUGGAAGCUCAGACCAUAAUCGCAGAAGAAUCCAACCAGUUUGAAGCAUGGAGGGAUUCACUGGAGACGGUUCCUACGAUCAAGAAACUAAGAGCUUAUGCAGAGAGAAUCAGAAUGGCAGAGCUUGAGAAGUGCUUGUCCAAAAUGGGAGAUGACCUCAACAAGAAAACGACGAGAGCUGUUGAUGACUUAAGCCGAGGUAUUGUGAACAGAUUCUUGCACGGUCCAAUGCAGCAUUUGAGGUGUGACGGGAGUGACAGUAGAACGCUGAGCGAGACCCUUGAGAAUAUGCAUGCGUUGAACAGAAUGUACGGUCUCGAGAAGGACAUUUUGGAGGAGAAGCUCAAGGCGAUGACGGGACAACAAAAGUAAAAUGGUAAGAAGAAGAUGUUCAUUCUCUUUUGACAGAUAAGAUUACAUCGAACUAGCUUCCCCGCAAAACCCGAGUAAAUUGCAUAGAUCCUCAAAGUUGGGAUCUAUAUGAUUCAUUUAAUUUGUGUACAAGAGACGGUUUCUUUGGCUAACAUUUCUUAUCGUCUUAAGUGUAAGUGUUGUGAAGCUAAGCGAGCUUUGUUGCAUGUUUUUUGCUUCAUAGACUCAAGAGUGUAACGGUAUUGAUCUAAGUACCGUUACACAUUUGUAUAAUGUAUAAAGUAUAAACUUUGGUUCAUGCGGCAUAGAGAAAUGUUUUUUUUCGUCUU